CGGAACCGUUGCAGCCUCUGUUGUCACAAAUGCGAGCCGCACAGGGGCCGGCAGCCGGGUCCCCGGAACCCGUUGGGGGCGCACAUCUUUGGCACCAGGACCCCAGCCCCCUUGGCAGAGAACCGGGUCCAAAGGAAAACCUGAGGAGACAACUCCGUUCUGGAGCCAGCGAGGACUGUGAAGACGCUGCCAGGAUCCUCAGGAGUACUGGAAAUCCCAUCAUCUUGGUUCCCUGAGACUUGGAGUAGGAACUGACAGCUGGCUGACAGAAAACUCAUCCAGGGAGAGAAAAGACAUAAGUGAAGUAUGAAAUUUUGAAUAACGUUUUCAGGUAUUGAUUCUGACUUUUGAAGAUGGAUGAAGGUGUAGAAAUUUCCAGCGAUGGAAAUUCCCUGAUCAAAGCGGUCCAUCAGAGCCGGCUUCGCCUUACAAGACUCUUGCUGGAAGGCGGUGCCUACAUUAAUGAGAGCAAUGACCGAGGGGAAACACCUUUAAUGAUUGCUUGUAAGAGCAAACAUGUUGAUCACCAGAGUGUCAGUAAAGCCAAGAUGGUUAAAUACCUAUUAGAAAACAAUGCUGAUCCCAACAUACAGGACAAAUCUGGGAAAACUGCUUUGAUGCAUGCUUGCUUAGAAAAAGCUGGUCCUGAAGUUGUUUCUCUGCUUCUAAAGAGUGGGGCUGACCUCAGCUUGCAAGACCACUCUCGUUACUCAGCCCUCGUUUAUGCUAUAAAUUCAGAAGAUAGAGAGACCCUGAACGUUCUACUUAGUGCUUGCAAGGCAAAAGGGAAAGAGGUCAUUAUCAUAACGACAGCAAAAUCGCCCUCUGGCAGACACACUACCAAACAGUACUUAAAUAUGCCUCCUGUGGGUGUGGAUGGGUGUCAUUCCCCAGCCACCUGUGCCACUCCUUCAGAAAUAGACUUAAAAACAGCCUCAUCGCCACUUUCGCGUUCUUCUGAAACUGAAAUGACACUUUUUGGCUUUAAAGAUCUGGAGCCCGCAGGAAGCAGUGAUGAUCUGGGGGACCCAGGCUCCCCUGUGAGGAAGCCUGCUGUGGCCCCUAAUGGGCCCACGCUACCUCAGGCUCCACACUGGAUCAAGAGUACCCCUUCAUUAAUGCACCAGAACAGAGUGGCCUCCUUACAAGAGGAGUUCCAGGAUAUUACUCCAGAGGAAGAAUUAUCCUACAAAACCAAUGGGCUGGCACUUUCCAAGCGAUUCAUCACUAGGCAUCAAAGUAUUGAUGUAAAAGACACUGCACAUUUGCUAAGAGCCUUUGAUCAGGCCAGCUCAAGAAAGAUGUCAUAUGAUGAAAUACAUUAUCAAUCAUUUUUUUCGGAAGGAAAUCAGCAAUGCAUUGACAUCCCGGUUGACCAGGACGCAGACUCUAACCAGGCAGUAUUUGUUUCCACCUUAAGAAGUAUAGUUCAAAAAAGAAACUCAGGAGCAAAUCACUAUAGUUCUGAUUCCCAGCUCUCAGCUGAUCUUACCCCUGCAACUUUAGACGAUGGCAAAGCACUUACAGGAAAGAAAAAGAUCCUCUCGCCAUCUUCUUCUUUGUUGUCAGGAUCCAAAGAAUUGUUGGAGAAUAUCCCCCCAGGUCCCCUGAGCCGGAGAAAUCAUGCCCUUUUAGAAAGGCGCGGUUCAGGAGCUUUCCCUCUAGAUCACAACAUUACACAAACCAGACCAGGAUUUCUGCCACCCUUAAAUGUGAAUCCUCACCCUCCCAUCUCAGAUAUCAAUGUCAGCAACAAGAUUUCCAGCCUUCUUUCUUGUGGUCAAAAAGUGCUUAUGCCAACAGUUCCUAUUUUCCCCAAAGAAUUCAAAAGUAAAAAAAUGUUGUUAAGGAGACAAUCAUUGCAAACAGAACAAAUUAAGCAAUUAGUUAAUUUUUAAGAGACGGCUAGAAAAUACAUUCUGUUCACGUCUAUGUCAGAGAAAUAUGGAACUAGAGAAGAAAAUUCAAAUGUUCAUCCUUUUAAAUAGUUUAAUUGGUUAGUCCAUAAUAGUUAGGGGUAUCAAAAUGUACUGUGUACCAUCGUACUAGGCACCGUGAAUAUACAAAUAAUAGGUUUUUGCUAAGAGAAUUCUCUCAAAAUUAAAACUAUUUUUUUCAAAACCUUCAAUGUGUAACAACCUUCAUGUGAUCCAAGUUUCUAAUUUAAACAAAAAUAAGCAAAGAAAGAAGGUCACAUAUGUUGGAGAUAACUUUAAAAAUUUCAGAUUUGCCAAGUAUUUUAUUAGGAAACAUUGUGUUCAAAUCAGUUUUUAAAAAAACACUUCAAGAUAGUAAUUUUCCAUGAUGCCAACAGCAUAAAAGAAAACAUUAACAGCUAUAAAGUGUUCUAUGAUCAAUAAGCCUAAGCUACAAAGAAAGAAUGAACUAAUUCUUGAAAUAUGUUGACUAGCAGGUAGGUGACAAUUUAAUUAACAUUUUAAAAGGUCAACCAUUAUAGUAGACGAGGCAGCUAGUCAGUGUCAGCUUAAUCAGUGUCAAAACUGGCAGAUCUGAGUUUUAUAAGCUAGUAAUAAUCUGUGCCAAGUGUUUGUGUGCUGUUUUUUGCUUUGCUUUGUUUUUUUAAUGUUAUUUUAUGAAAUUCUUCCUUCUCCAUAUCUUUUAAUUCCUAUUGUUUUUGAAGCUUAUUCAUAGGUUCCCAAUAGCAAGAUAAUGCAAAAUUUAAAAAGCAUUUCUCGUUUUCUUAUAUCAAAAUAUUCUUGUCUUUUUAAAGACAACCAAAAAAAAAGAAGUUCGGGAUUUAUCACAAAUAGGGACUAAAUGCCUGCUUUGUUGUAAAAAAGAAAAACUGAUUAUUAGAUAAUCUUAGGUUAGCUAAAAUUAAGAAAGCCAGUAGAAAUUUAAUUACAAAAUGUAUUAAGUAUUCGGUCAAUUUUAAACAAUAUCUUUUUUAUUUCUGAUAUAUAAUUAUUAGACAUUUAUAUAAUUAGAAUAAUAAGGAUAAUUUCCUUAGUGUGACAUUCCAAUCAUCUAGUAUUUAGGACCGGUGAAUAACUUCUAACAAAAUAAAUGAAUACCAUGCUAAUACCAUAAAAUAUUAUAAAAUGACUAUAUUAUCUGUAUGAUUUCAAAGUAUGGUGUUAAUACAGAGUCCUUAUUUCAAUCUAGCAGUUUUACAACAAAGAAUAAGUCAAACUAUACAAAACCUGAGUGUAUUAAUUUGGUAGAUCCUAGCAAUUGGCAUAAUGCUUUUCUUCAUAAUUUGAUAUAAGCAAGUUAUGUACAUAGUAAUUAUUUAAUUGCUUGUGGCUUUUAUUUGAAAAUAGUAACUGUAAGUUCUCCAUUUAAUGUUUUGAAAAACGUUAAUAUUAAUUGCUCUAGAAGUAUUUUUUGAUUCAAAACUUAGAAUUGUACCUGAUGUUUAUAGUAACUAAACCCUUUUUGCAAGUUUAAUAUUGAGAAAAGUU